AGCUGCAGCAACACACGUGUGGGAUAAAACAUGUCUAACGUUACGAGACCUAAAAGACCUCGCUACGAAUCCGAAAAACGUCGUGACAAAGUCCGAAAUAAGACAAGGAUUUGUAUUGGAGAUGCCUUUGGCAGAUGGAGACAGUCGAAAACCGAGAAGAAUUUCAAGACAGACGCCAACAUGGCUAAUUUUCUCCUGGACAGGUUGGGUGGAUCAUUGCAGGCACCACCAUGCCUUGACAGUCUGCCUGUGAUAGAUGCCAGUGAGACAGUACAUGACAUCCCGGAUGUAGAGCCUCCAUCAGUCACCUUACCUCCAAUUCAACAACCUGACUCUCCUGAUACACUGGAUGUCAUGACUGAAGAUGACCUAAUCGGGAAACGGGCCUCCAUCACUUAUGAGGACUGUUUGAAGCAGCUUACAACAUUCCUUGUGCUUCCAGUCCAAAAGUGCCCAUACACAUGUGACGUCAGCCAAGUGGAGUGUCAUUGUCGCCCUCCAUUUGAAGUUUCCAUUACGCGCAGGUGUACUGCAAGCAUCAUGGAAUGGACCUGCACUGUUGGCCACACUGUGUGGAGAUGGAGCUCACAGCCCACUGUGAAGUACGGGAUGCUGGCAGGGGACUUCAUUUUGGCAAGCAACAUCCUACUCUCAGGAAGCAACUACGCAAAAGUCUCGCUUCUGUUUCAGUUUAUGAACAUGGGGAUGGUGGACCGUAGUUUGUUUUUUACAAUUCAGGACACUUACGGUGUGGACACUCUGCCGGCACCAACCAUUGAGGAACUCCUGCACACCCAAGUCAGGAGAGGUCUUGUAUCAGCAUUCCAAACUGAAGACCUGUGAAGCCCAGUUUCCAGAGCCUCACAACCCUGACCAUGUUCAUUGCCAUGUAACCUUCUGUGUCACAAGCUCAAUAAUCAAUCAAUAAUCUAAAAAGUCUCAACAGUACAGAGCAGCUGAGUUUAGUUGUCUAUUUAUACUGUGUAACCUGUAUCAUUAUAC